UAUCCUUAUAAGAAUCCCUCGCUUAGUUCAGCAGAGCGAGCAAAAGAUUUAAUUUCACGAUUAACUCUUGAAGAAAAAGCAGUCUUAAUGUGUGAUCAAAGUGAUGCGAUCCCCAGACUUGGAAUUAAAAAAUUUAACUGGUGGAGUGAAGCGCUGCAUGGUUAUGCCAAUAAUGACAAUGUUACUGUUUUUCCAGAGCCCAUAGGUAUGGCAGCUUCGUUUGAUGAUCAGUUACUGUAUCGUGUUUUUGAUGCCGUAUCAGAUGAAGCUCGGGCAAAAUAUAAUCAAUGGAUUAAAAACGGUAAUGAAAACAAACGUUUUUUAAGCCUUUCGGUUUGGACUCCUAAUGUCAAUAUUUUCAGGGAUCCCCGUUGGGGCCGUGGACAGGAAACCUACGGAGAAGACCCUUAUCUUACUUCCCGGAUGGGAAUUUCAGUUGUCAAAGGGCUACAGGGCCCGGCAGAUGCCAAGUACCGUAAACUUUUAGCCUGUGCCAAACAUUUUGCUGUUCACUCAGGACCAGAAUGGAGCAGGCACGAAUUGAAUUUGAAUAAUGUAGAUCCUCGUGAAUUGUACGAAACUUACCUGCCGGCAUUUAAAGCACUUGUGCAGGAUGCAGAUGUGCGUCAGGUGAUGUGCGCGUAUCAACGCCUGGACGACGAACCAUGCUGCAGCAACACCAGAUUAUUGCAGCGUAUUUUAAGAGAUGAGUGGGGAUUUAAAUACCUGGUCGUUUCAGAUUGCGGCGCUGUAACUGAUUUUUAUACGACUCACAAAGUUUCAUCAGAUGCGGUACAUGCUGCAUCAAAAGCUGUCCUUGCAGGAACAGAUGUCGAAUGUGUCUGGGAGAAAUAUCCCUUUAAAGAACUGCCGGCAGCUGUUGCUAAAGAUCUCAUAAAAGAAGCCGAUAUUGAUAAGAGUCUGCUUCGCGUAUUAGUUGGUCGUUUUGAUUUGGGUGAAAUGGAUGAUGAUGCCAUAGUGCCGUGGGCUCAAAUUCCCGCAUCGGUUCUUAAUAGCAAAGAGCAUCAGUUCUUAGCACUUGAAAUGGCUCAAAAGUCAAUGACGCUUUUACAAAACAAAAACAAUAUUCUUCCUUUAAAUAAAUUAAUAAAUAAAAUA